GCGUCUCUGUGAAGACAAACUCUGAGCUCUGUGAGGACGCCAUGGACGCCAUGGACGACGUGGACAACCUCUUCCACCCCAGCCUGGAAGCCGCUCUCAUAAAGCUGGAUCCAGAGGACGGGAAGCAGAUCAUGGAGUAUUUCAGAACUCAAGCCCUGCUGAUGAAAGAGAAAGCACUGCUGCAGGCGUCAGUCAGAGAUCAGAAGAAGCUGCUGGUGGAGAACGGAAAGCUGAAGAAAGACAUCGAGCAGCUGAGGAGUCAGCUGCAGGAGAACCAGAGGAGACGCAGCGCGAAAGCAUUGCUCUCCGCAGCCCCGCCUCCUUCACAUACUAGCCCCGCCCCCACAACACAUGUCAAUCAACCUGCAGGAGUUGCAACAAAUCCUGCUCCCCCCUCCUCACUUGACCGGAGAGAGAGGCAGAUCAGGAGGAGGAGAGGAGAGAGGAAAGCUCGUCCGCCCUCUGACUCCCUCUCCUUGGGGGCGGAGCCUCGCGUUGACGCGUCCCGACUGGACCUGCGUGUCGGACGGAUCCUCAGCGUCCGGCUCCACCCAUUGGCCGAGGGGAUGUCGGUCCAGGAAGUGGACGUAGGAGAGAACGCCCCCCGGACGGUGGUCAGCAAGCUGGGCGGGGAAACACCCCUCGAGGAGCUCCGGGGCGGUCGAGCUGUGCUGCUCUGCAACGUCAAGGCCUGUAAGAUGAGGGGUGUGGUCUCACAGGCCCGCCUCCUCUUUUGCUCCACCCCUGACGACUGCACUGAGCUGUUAACCCCGCCCACGGGCUCCACCCCCGGAGACAGGGUCACCUUCCUCAACUACCCUGGUGACCCGGACCGGGAGCUGCAGGCCAAAGACCGGGUCUGGGAGCUUUUGCAGCCGGACCUGCAGGUGGACUCGAGGGGCGUGGCCAACUACAAAGGCUGCGGCUUCGAGGUGAAGGGGAAGGGGCUGUGCAGGGCCCCCUCCCUCACCGACGGUGUCAUCAGGUAG